AUGGUCCUUUUCCCUCGCUACCACCUGAUCGAAGUUGGGGACCAGGCUUGGUGCCCUGGAUGGCUUCUAGCAUAUCUACAGUCAUAUCUAACCGAGAUAUGGUCAUUGCACAUUCCGGGAUUCAGCAAAACGUCGCCCGCUGGUGUCGCCUGUAACAUUAUCAAUCGAAAUCUGCCCGACGCCUCCUCCUUUACUUUUGUUGAUCUCUGUGCUGGUGCUGGGGGGCCCAUACCUGUCCUCGACUCUGCCCUAAAUAAGAAUCUCCAAGCGGAAGGAGAUGGCCCUUCCCUGUUCAUUCUCAGUGAUCUACACCCGCGCCUAGAGGAGUGGCAGGCUAUUGCUAAGAGUCAUGACAACAUAUCAUAUAUCAAGGAACCCCUGGACGCAACAAAGUGCGAGCGCGUGGCCCCUCCUGGGCGCAAAGAGUGUCGCAUAUUCAAUCUUUGUUUCCACCACUUUCAGGACGACGAGGCUUCCGCAAUAUUGGGAAGUGCUCUUGACUCUGCAGAUGCUUUCAUGUAUGCACUUCACGAGAGCCUAUUCCAAAGCAUUGCGCUAUUCGUUUAUCCUCAGUAUGAGUGA